CCUUUCACCGUCAAGAACCUGGCCAUGUUCCCCGACACGGUGCCCAUGGACUCGCAGUCGCUGGUGGAGGUGCGGGGCUCCUGUGUCAACCACUCCAGGGAGGAGGAGCCCCCCAAGAUGUACUGCAGCACAGAGGGGGAGUGGCUGGUGCCCAUAGGGAAGUGCCUGUGCAAUGCUGGCUACGAGGAGCGAGGCUUUGCGUGCCAAGCCUGUCGACCCGGGUUCUACAAAGCCUCUGCUGGCAACGUGAAGUGUGCCAAAUGCCCUCCCCACAGCUCCACCUACGAAGACGCCUCUCUGAACUGCAGGUGUGAAAAGAAUUACUUUCGCUCUGAGAAAGACCCUCCAUCCAUGGCUUGCACCAGGCCGCCGUCCGCCCCGAGGAACGUCAUCUCCAACAUCAACGAGACGUCCGUGAUCCUGGACUGGAGCUGGCCCCUGGACACCGGGGGUCGGAAAGACGUCACCUUCAACAUCAUCUGCAAGAAGUGCGGGGGGAACACCAAGGUGUGCGAGCCCUGCAGCGACAACGUGAGGUUCCUGCCCCGCCAGGCCGGGCUCACCAACACCACGGUGACGGUGGUGGACCUUUUGGCGCACACCAAUUACACCUUCGAGAUCGACGCGGUCAACGGGGUGUCCGACCUGAGCGCGCUCUCCAGGCAGUUCGCUGCCGUCAGCAUCACCACUAAUCAGGCUGCUCCAUCCCCCAUCACAGUCAUAAGGAAGGACAGGACAUCCAGGAACAGUGUGUCUCUCUCCUGGCAAGAACCUGAACAUCCAAAUGGGAUCAUCUUGGACUACGAGGUCAAAUACUAUGAAAAGCAGGAACAAGAGACAAGCUACACUAUUCUGAGAGCCAAAGGCACCAACGUCACCAUCAGUGGCCUCAAACCUGACACCACCUACGUCUUCCAAAUCCGAGCCCGGACUGCAGCUGGAUAUGGGACAAACAGCCGCAAGUUUGAGUUUGAAACCAGUCCAGACUCAUUCUCCAUUUCCAGUGAGAACAGCCAGGUGGUAAUGAUUGCCAUUUCAGCAGCAGUAGCCAUUAUUCUGCUCACAGUUGUGGUGUACAUCUUGAUUGGGAGAUUCUGUGGAUACAAGAAGUCCAAACAUGGCACUGAUGAGAAAAGACUGCACUUUGGGAAUGGCCACUUAAAACUCCCAGGCCUGAGAACUUACGUAGAUCCACACACAUAUGAGGAUCCCAACCAAGCUGUGCAUGAGUUUGCCAAGGAGCUGGAUGCUUCUAAUAUAUCCAUUGACAAAGUGGUUGGAGCAGGGGAAUUUGGAGAAGUGUGCAGUGGACGCCUAAAGCUGCCUUCUAAAAAGGAAAUUUCGGUGGCUAUCAAAACCCUGAAAGUGGGCUACACAGAGAAGCAGAGGAGGGACUUCCUGGGGGAAGCAAGCAUCAUGGGACAGUUUGACCACCCCAACAUCAUCCGGCUAGAAGGAGUCGUCACUAAAAGUAAACCAGUUAUGAUUGUUACUGAAUAUAUGGAAAAUGGUUCCUUGGACAGCUUCCUCCGGAAGCACGAUGCCCAGUUCACAGUCAUCCAGCUGGUGGGGAUGCUCCGAGGCAUCGCAUCUGGCAUGAAGUAUCUGUCAGACAUGGGUUACGUCCAUCGAGAUUUGGCUGCUCGUAAUAUCCUCAUCAACAGCAACCUGGUGUGCAAAGUCUCCGAUUUCGGUCUCUCUCGUGUGCUGGAAGAUGACCCAGAAGCUGCUUACACCACCAGGGGGGGCAAGAUUCCCAUCCGGUGGACGUCCCCAGAAGCCAUCGCCUAUCGGAAGUUCACGUCGGCCAGCGACGCCUGGAGCUACGGGAUCGUCCUCUGGGAGGUGAUGUCUUAUGGAGAGAGACCCUACUGGGAGAUGUCCAACCAAGAUGUGAUUAAGGCUGUGGAUGAAGGGUACCGCCUGCCGCCUCCCAUGGACUGCCCAGCUGCCUUGUACCAGCUGAUGCUGGACUGCUGGCAGAAAGACAGGAACAACAGGCCCAAGUUCGAGCAGAUUGUCAGCAUCCUGGACAAGCUGAUCCGCAAUCCCAGCAGCCUGAAGAUAAUCACCAAUGCAGCGGCAAGGCCAUCAAAUCUUCUCCUGGACCAAAGCAACGUGGACAUUUCAGCCUUCCGUUCCACGGGGGAUUGGCUCAAUGGUUUUCGGACGGGGCAGUGCAAGGACAUCUUCACGGGGGUGGAGUACAGCUCCUGCGACACAAUAGCCAAGAUUUCUACAGAUGAGAUGAAGAAAGUCGGAGUUACAGUUGUGGGGCCUCAGAAGAAGGUGGUUAGCAGUAUCAAAGCUCUCGAAACUCACACCAAGAACAGCCCCGUUCCUGUGUAAGGGACCAGGAUGACGUCGCUCAGGAGAGAAGAGCAGAGAAUAAGUUCGUGUCACAGGUCAAAAGCCAUGGCUGAUAAACGGCAGAAUUGAAAGGAGCUCUUGGCAACAGCUUUGGAGACCUAAUGGUUGAGAUUUCAAACCCACUGAGACACUCAAGUAUUGAGUAUAAAUGCCUUAAAUGUAGGAGCAAACUUUGUUUUCUAUCUGUCAAUCCUAAAGGGUGGGUGCUCUUGGCUGACUGUUAACGCAGAUGAUGAAUUUCAAAA